AUGGACACUUCUCCAAGAAUCAUUCUCAACAACAUCAAACAUUACCUCUUCAAUAGAGAUGAUGUAAUUUGCCCAAGCCACCUCAUCAAUGAAUUAUUCGAAUUCGUUUUCGUGGUCACUCUCUAUCCAGCAGUUUCAUUCCUCAAUUUGAUGGUUCAGUUUUUCAGAUUCUUCUAUCAAUUGACUCUCUCUGUUAGUGAGCAAACUCCAACCUUGGAUUCCAACAGUAUUCUCAUUACUGGAGCAAGUUGUGGAAUUGGUUUGUCACUUGCCAAGUCAAUUUGCAAUCAAUGGUUGAUUCAAAAGAGAACUAAACUUGGUCAAGUUUCAAAUGAAAAGAAAACACUCACUCUUGUUUCUAGAAAUUUGGAUAAAUUAGAAAGGGUUAGAGAGGAAAUUUACUCAACCUUUUCCAGUAGAAACUUGAAAGAAUUAGUUGACAUUCAAGUUAGAGAUUGUGACAUUUGUGACAGAAAGGAAAUUGAGAAAGUUGUCACUGAACAAGAUUAUGAUAUGGUUAUUGCCAGUGCAGCAACCAAUUCUCAAAUCCUUUCCAGAGAAUUCUCUUCUCAAAAUGGCGGUAAAACCGAUAAAAAAGGAGAAAACAUUCAAGAUGAAGAAGAUGUAAUUUAUCAAGAAUUCCAAGUCAACAUUUUUGGUACAUUGAAUACAGUUUUGCCUGCAAUGAAACAAGCCAAGAAUAGAAAUAUUGAUUCUAGAUUGCCUAAACAUGUUGUAGUUGUUGCAAGUGGAGCUGGUUAUCAUGGAAAAUUGAUGGGUCCUUAUGGAAUUACCAAAACUUUCCUAUUCGAAUUCUCCAGAAUGUUCCAAUUCAUUCUCAAUAACAAUGACAAUCAAAAUCAACAUGAGAAUAAUUUGGAUUAUAGCUCUUCCGAUGUGGUUAGAAACUUUAAGGAAAUGAGCAGAAAGUACGCCAAUCAAAAACAAUUAGUUUUACAUGUUGUCAAUCCUGCUGGUGUCACUGAUACAAGAAUGGGAGAAACUAUCAAGAAUUUGGACAAGAUCCCUGGCUCAAUUCAUUCAAACCAUGCAGCCAACUUGAUCUUAGGUGGAUUGAUCAAGAAUGAACGUGUCAUUGAUUUGAAUAAUUCCUUUGUUUAUGCUGGUUUGAGAUUUUUAAAUGCCCUUCCAGUUUCUGCUGAGAGUUUUGUUACAAAUUGCUUGAAUUUGCAAAUCUACUCUUAA